AUGGCUCUCUCUGGAAAAUUGGAGGCUGAAGUUGAGUUGCAAUCACCUGCUGCUAAGUUCUUCAACUUCUGCGUAACGCAACUUCAUCAUGUUCAGAACAUUAGUGAUCUUGUGCACGAAACUAAGGUGCAUCAGGGAGACUGGCACGGCGUUGGCUCUGAUUCUGUUAAUACAGAAGGUAAGGUAGAAACUUGUAAGGAGAGCUUCGAAGAGAUUGAUCAUGAGAACAAGUCAUGCACAUUCAACCUGUUUGAUGGAGCAAUUGGAGAAAAGUAUAAGAGCUUAAAGGCAAAGCUUCAAGUGGCCGAUAAGGGCAGUGGUGCCCUUGCCAAAUGGACUUACGAAUAUGACAAGCUCAGCCAGGAAGUCCCUCCCCCACAAGCUUACUUGGACUUUGUCACUAAGGUUACCAAGGAUCUUGAUGCUCAUCUCACAAAGGCAUAG